UGCACAGUGAGUAAAGCUUAUCAGUCAAUUCAAACAGCAAUGAAAAAAUAUAGGUGGGCACUUGUUGGUGUUUAAAUUUGUGGAAUGUCUUGAAUCAUUAAGUCAUACGUUUUUUAUGCCAGUCUGUUGUGUGCCACUUUGUUCGGUUUGGAAUUAUAAUAAUCGUAUUUGUUUCGAAGAUUUUGAUUAAAUAAAUUCCAGCCAUCAUGCCUGAGAUGACUACGAUCGCGACGAUCGUCUUGAAGGUCGUUAAAAUUGUUUUAAAUCUCAUAAUUUUAAUUCUGUAUCGCAAAGGCUAUGGCGGCGAAUUUUUGGGCAUCGGCGGGACGUGGAACUUAAAUGAAGAGAAAAACCCGGAUGCUGAGAUUAUCGCAUCCGGGGUGUUAGUUGGAUUCUUCAUCUAUACUAGUGUCAUUUUAAUUUCUUACGCAUUCGGUACAACUCAACAGAAAAAAACCCUUGUGGACGUCAUAAUGAACAUUUUCGGCACCGUUUUAUUCAUAGCUGUGGGAGGAAUUGCUCUUCAUUACUGGAUCGGUUAUCAGCCUGAGCAUAAAUUCAAGACAGUGACAUCAGAGAAAGGAAUUGGAAUUACAGUCGGAAUUUUAUGUGUAAUAAGUGGAGCAAUCUACCUGAUGGAUUCGGUUUUAUCUUGUAUACAUUUCUUUAGAGAAUACGGAGAUUACUGAAAUUCUUCCCUAUCUAAAUUUAAGCUAUACCUACUCUUAAUGUGUUCGUUUUUCAACUAUUCAUUUUUAAAAAAAAUUAUUUUACAGUAGUACAUAUUGUAAUUUGUCAAUCUGGUGUUCAUUUUUUUGACCAAUUUUAAUAAUUUUUUUAAACAAUUUUUCUUCAAAACAACCCUUUUAUUAUUAUUAUUAAUUAAACAAGAUUUUGAACCUCUC